AUGCCCAGACAAAAGCUCGCCGGUAAGAAGAUGAAGUCCUCAACCAAGAAGAGUGUUGCCUCAGGCUCCAAGGCCAGCAAGUCAACCAUGAAAAAGAAGACUGCUCCAGCUGAGGGAGGUAUCAAGACCCACAACAGAAGAUUCAAGCCAGGUACCGUCGCUCUCAGAGAGAUCAAGAGAUACUAGAAGGUCACCAACCUCCUCCUCCUCAAGGCUCCCUUCCAGAGAUUCGUCAGAGCCAUCUGCGAAGGAAUCGACGCCCAACUCAGAUUCUAGUCACAAGCCCUCCUCGCCGUCCAAGAAGCUGCUGAGAUGUACUUGGUCGGACUUUUCGAAGACUCCAACUUGUGCGCCAUUCACGCCAACAGAGUGACUGUCAUGAAGAAGGACAUGGAGCUCGCCAGAAGAAUCAGAGGAGAGAGAUUCCACGACCACAGAGACCUCCAACCCAAGAAUGGGGAUGAAGUUUUCUACCAGUUGCCCUACUACAACGAGAAGGAGCAGAUGGCUCACCUCAAGAAAGUUAUCGGCAGAAACUGA